CAUCAUAAAAAGCUUUCGUCGAUACCAUAGAAGAAGACGAGAAAGAACGAGACGGGGAGAACCUUGAAGUAAGUGGUUUGUUCCAGUAAGCUGUAAGCAAUUUGAGCAUUCGAAAAUCUGGUGGGGGUUCGAUCCUCGAUAUGCAGGUUUAAGGAAACAACUGACGUUCUAUAAGCUCCCCGUACUAGACAGCACCCCCCUUUUCGUUCCCUUUCCCGGGCUCUCAUUUCUGUAAUAUUGCCAGGGAAAAGAAACAAUGGCGCAACUUCAAGUCCAGGUUCUUCAUCCCUGCAAAUUACACUCCUGCAAACUCACUCACAUGACCUCCUUCUCUCAGCCCCCCACCUUCACACCCUAUUCUGGAAGAUCCCUCAUGUUGCCUAGUAGAACUUUACUUCUGUAUCCCCGGUUCGUGCUUCAAUCCCGCACUGUAUGCAAAAUGAACGGAUCAGAUAUGAUUUCACAGCUGGAGCUUGGAAAAUCUGGGGACGGAAGGAAACCGGAGAGACGAGUGAACGGGAUAUUCUGGAUCAUACUCCUUAAUAUUGGAAUAUUUGUGGCAGAUCACUUCUUUCAGGUUCGUAGCAUUAAAGCUUUGUACUUGUACCAUAACCGGCCAGCUUGGUAUCAGUUUCUCACUGCUACAUUUUGUCAUGCUAAUUGGAAUCAUCUCUCUAGCAACCUUUUCUUCUUGUACAUUUUUGGUAAAUUAGUUGAAGAGGAGGAAGGGAACUUUGCUUUGUGGCUUUCUUACAUUCUCACUGGUGUUGGAUCAAACCUUGUUUCAUGGUUGGUUCUACCGCGAAGUGCAGUUUCUGUUGGGGCUUCUGGUGCAGUUUUUGGAUUAUUUACAAUCAGUGUCCUUGUAAAGAUUUCAUGGGAUUGGAGAAAGAUUCUUGAAGUGCUUAUAUUGGGGCAGUUUGUGGUGGAGAAGGUGAGCAGGAGAAACAAAUGCUUGUGCUUGCCAUGCAGAAGUUAUGGAAGCGGCUCAAGCUUCAACCGCAUUACCAGGUACCUUUCGUGGAGGCUACUUGAUGCAAAGUGUCAAUCACAUUGCACAUCUUUCUGGGGCUCUUGUUGGCGUGCUUUUGGUCUUGCUUCUUAGCAAAGUGCCCUCUGAUCCUCCAGCCCAAGUAUCCACUUUGCCUAAGAAAACGGGAAGAACUCCGUAGGCAAUGUUUUUAAUUUAAUCAGUCAAAUAUUUCAAAUCAGAAGACUCAUGUUCUCUCACUUCAUUUGUCAUUCUUAGAAAGUAUAUACAAUAGAAAUUUAUCA